AGGUGGAGGACCUCUGCGGGCGGGUGCGGGCGCAGGCGGAGGCCACGAUCGCGGCUGCGGAGGCGUGGAGCGAGGUGCAGCUCGGGGGCGCGUCGGGGGGCCUGCGGCUCUUCAGCGGCCCUGCGGGCAGCACCGCCAGCUGCCUGGUGGAGGCGGUGCAGGCGGAGGUGCAGGACGCCGACCAGAUGCAGGCGGCCGCGUCCUCGCUGCUGGCGUCGCGGGUGCGCGACGAGGUCCUGGCCGUGUUGGACGAGCGGCUGCGCGAGCACGAGCUCGUUCGCGAGGACGUCCGCGAGCGCCACCGGCUGCAGAGCUCCGCCGCCGCCGCCCGGCGCGACCUCGCCUGGCUGCGGAAGGGAUCCGUCGGCUCCAGCGGCCUGAAGUCGCUCGGCAGCAGCACCCCGGACGGGCCGGUCCGGGAGGCGGAGAAACGGCUCACGGAGGCCGCGGUGCGCCUCGCCGCGCGGGACGAGCAGCUGCUGGAGAGGCUCAGCCGGCUGUCGAUGCUCAGACCCCGGGGAGGUUGCGAGAGGGCCCUGGGCCACGCUGACGCAGAUCCAGGCCGAGUUUUUUAUGUCCCAGCAGGCGAUCUACAGGUCCCUGACGGCGCCCUUCGAGGAGCUCGCCUCGGGCUGCGGGGCGGACCAGUCGGGGGCGGACGACCCAGCGAGGUAUCCAUGCGGCGGUGGGUGCCUCUCCUCGCGCGCGCGCGCGGCCCGUGCUGCGGGGCCACCGACGGGGGCGGCCUGCGGCCCUGGGGGCGUCUGCGCUCCGGCCGCGGACGUGCGCAGCUCUCCUCGCUGGGGAGCGGCCCUGGCGCCCCCCUCUGCCCGUUUCUCUCGCGCUGAGCCGCUUGUUCGCGCGCCGGACGAC